UGCCCUGACCUUUGAGAGAGACGGAGCUCGCAGUGACAACAGACAUGGACGUGCACAGAGUGUCUAACCACAACGUAAUGGAUUAUAACUUCGACAACAUGGAGCCCAAACACGGGAAAAUGUUGCCGUGCCAGGAGGACCGUUUUGACAGCGGCCUGGAUUCUCUGAAGGAGGACGAGCUGGUGAGCGAGAUCGAGGAAAUGACUUUGAACAUAAGCGAGGAGCUCACACAGGAAUACGAGCCCUGGAGAUCUGCAGUGACUGAAGACGGUGACACGCUUCUCCACUUGGCCAUCAUUCAUGAAGCCACUGAUCAUGCCUUCCAGAUGAUCAAACUGUCUCACAAUCACCCCUUCCUCAACGUACAGAACCACCAGAGACAGACUGCCCUCCACCUCGCAGUGAUCACAGAGCAGCCCCAGUUAGUAGAGAGACUCCUGAAGGCCGGCUGUGACCCACGUCUUGCCGACGACAGCGGCAACACGGCUCUCCACAUCGCCUGCAAGAGGGGCUCCCUCGCCUGCUUUGGCGUCAUCACGCAGAACAGCCAGCAGCACAUCACCUCCAUGGUGUCCUUCCCCAACUACAGCGGACACAACUGUCUCCACUUGGCGUCCAUUAAUGGCUACAUCUCAUUGGUUGAAAGCCUUGUUCGCCUCGGUGCUGACAUCAAUGCACAGGAGCAGUGCAGCGGUCGGACGUCACUCCAUCUGGCCGUAGACCUCCAGAACCCCAAGCUGGUGCGUCGCCUCUUAGAACUUGGCGCCGACGUCAACUGCUUGAACUAUGGCGGCUUCACGCCGUACCACCUCACCUACGGGCGCCAGAACGAAGAGAUCCGCUGCCAGCUGUACGAGAAGACGGCGCAGGAGCUGCGGGAGCUGCCCGACAGCGAAUCAGACGAGAGCGACAUGGAGGAUCUGGACUCAUCGGGAGACGAACUGUACGACGACAUAAAGUUCGGAAAGUAAACAGAAGCGUCCACUCUGAUUGGUGUGAAUGAAAGCUGCUACUGGGUCGCCCAGCCUCGGCCCCCCCCAUAGUGAGGGACACGUCAGUCCCCCGUCCAGGUCCAAGUCCACAGGUGCUGGUCCGAAAACAUGAAUGAAGAUGGCGUCCGGUCGGGUCGAGCCCGGUCCAGAUCACAGAAAGAUCUGCACCAAACACCAAAGAAGACCACGACCUCCACACAUAUAGUCCUUCUAUAUACUGUAUAAAUAUAUAUUGAUGUGUAUAUAUGAGACAAAGACAUGUAAUAUAUUGUAAAUACAGAGAUAUUAUUUUUGUACCUGUACAUACGCUGUGUGAAUUUAAACACUAUUAACAAAAAAACCUUGAGAAUAAAAAGAAGUUUAUGAACAUAAA